AUGAACCGAAGCCAGUUGCUCACGAAGGUCGCCGGGCGGGUCGAGAACUUGCAAGUGAUGAGGUACCGCCCUGGGCAGCAGUACCAAGCUCAUUGGGACUUCUUCGACCCCGAGUACUUCAAGAAGCAGCCCGAGGUCCUUGGACGCCUCACUCAUCGUCGAAAUCGGCUGUUGACCAUGCUGUUCUACCUGGCCAGCAGCGCGGAAGGCGGGCAGACUGCCUUUCCCAUGGCUUACGGUGCUCCGCGGCCCGCGGAUCCUGAGGAUUGCAGCUCCUGGCUUCAGGUGCCGGCGAAGCGAGGCAAGGCUGUGUUGUUCUACAAUUUGCAUGCAGACGGCCGGCUGGAUCGCGCCUCCAACCAUGCGGGCUGCAAG